AUGCGUUGUCUACCCUUCCUAUAUGAACACAGUCUGACACGCGAGAAAUCAAUCACUACUCUUACAGAAAACUUAUUUGAUAUAGAAAAUGCGAAACCAGCCCUUCAUGAAAUCGAGGCUUACGAAAAGUUACAGAAAACGCUCAUCAUCCCUAUGGAAGCAGCUAAGAAGAGAAUAAAGUAUCAAUAUAAACCAGCAACGGAGGACAUUCGUCGAUUCGUUAAUUCACCUGAAAACACGCAUUACGAAACGAAGGCUGAAAAGGCUGUUAGGCCAGCAGUAACCAUAAUGCAUGUAUUCUAUAAAAUAGCCAAUGAAAUAGAUGUAGGUGUAGCAUCUUUGCUACUUGAACUCUAUAAAGGUGAACCUGAUCCGAUCAGUAUCAGUGAUCUUAGCAAAAAUCCUGGUUUAACUAAAUUGUUUGCCGAUGUACUCAGCUAUGCAUACGACUUUGAUAAUUUUAAGCUUGAGCAUCCUUCAUUGCAAAAUGACUUUUCUUUUUACAAAAGACUCUUACAGAGGGGUAAAGCAAUAGUAACAAGUGAUGUUUCGACGUCAAUGGAUGAAAUUUUUCCAUUUAAUGGAGAAAUGACUGAUGAUGACCUUGUCCACAGCGUCUCAACUAUUACUGCACAUGCUACGCCCAUGACUUAUUAUGUUGUCAAUGCGGUGAUAAGGUAUUCAAAAGUGCAGCAUCAAAAGAGAAACAGUAUUCAUUUAAUUUCAGCAAAAGACAGUCUUAGUGAAUGGCUUCAAGCUAUCUGGAGAGUAUCGUUCGUUGCAUUGACCGUCAAAAAGAAUAAGUUAAAAAAGACAACAAAAAAUAACCGAAAAGCUGUAGCAGAGGAUGAACAAAUUCAGCCCCACGUAGAAUAUUUGUUAAAGGUCAUGAUAUUAAGCAUUUUAUUGUAUGAUUCUGUCAAUCCUGGAGGAGCAUUUCAAAAAAAUACAUCCAACUUUGUAAAGAAAUCGCUAGAUUUGCUGCUUCAUUUCUAUCGUCGGCAAAAAGCUGAAAACGGAGUAAACUCACUAAGAAACUUGAUGACUAUAUUAUACUACAAUUCGAAACAUAUCCAUGAUAAAGCUACACCAAAAUCAAUCCAAACCAUGAUACAAUUAUUUCAGUAA